AUGCUUACAGAUGGUUCCCCCAGAUCAGAGCCUGCAAGCAUGUGCACUAUCUGGGGACUUCCGUCGCCUGCACCGCCAAGGUUCUUGGUCGGGAACAACUUCCGCGGCUUGCAGGUGAGCCCUGCUCCAGCUGCUGCUGGUGUGACUGAAGAGGAUGUCGCCCAGGACCUUCCCCGUGCCACAACUCCUCAUGCCGCAGCUGCGAGAUGUGGGCAACCGGCAGGCCGAAGCGCUGGAGUUACUAGCCGCGAACACCAGGCGGCAGGGCCAGAUAUCAUUGGAAAGCUGCCGACUGCCAGGUUCAACUUCUCGGUGACGUGGUCCACGAGCUGCAAGGCGUUGGUACCCUCACCCGGGCUCUCAUUGCAGCAGAAGCCACCUGCACAGUGAUUUGUAAAGUCUAGUUGUACAUAUAUGUAGAUUUAUUUUCGUUGACACCACGAGCUGUGAUACGCUGGUUUGCUUCAAUGGUGCCCUGCAUUUUUUUUUCAGUUAAUUUUCUUUUUCUGCAUAUCAGAAGCACUGAUGUGCUGUUUCAUUGUACAUAACACAGUGUAGCUCAGUGGUAAAUCUUGUCCUGCGAUGUCAUUUUUUAAAAUCUCAUAUGAAUUAAUGCAUUCAGCAAUUUUGUAGUAUAUGCACAUAGUGCACUGUAGUGUAUCUUUAUGUCUAUAGUGUAUACAUGUAGAAUACUCGAUUUUUACAUAUCCUAGAAAAUAUAGUUGACGAACACGUGUUCUACAAACAGAAAUUAAUAAUAGAGGAAGAAAUAUCAGCAACCAAGAACUUGCAUUUUUUUAGCGAGUUCGAUUAGUACUGCUUCGACUGUGCCUUGUUUUCAUGUACUACAAUGACUUUUGUGCUGCGAGACGCGUAUGAUGAUGCAGAGGAGCAGCAGGCACUUUGUAACAACUCCAUUUGUAUAUUAUAAAAGGACGCUACUUUUAUGUUCUUUUCCUUGGCAUUAAAUUUAAGGGAUAUUUAUUUACUUUGCUUUUUAUGUGCAUUGCUCGCGAUACUUGUAAUAAAAUUUCACUUC